AUGAGAAAUUUUCCAUCUGUAUUCAAAUUAUUAAUUUUAAGCAGAUUAAUAAGUGCAUUUUUCAAUCCAAUUGAUGAUUGUGAUGAAGUUUUCAAUUUUUAUGAACCUUUACACAAAUUAAUGUAUGGAAAUGGUCUUCAAACAUGGGAAUAUUCACCGUUAUUUGCUUUACGUUCUUAUGCUUAUAUUGUACUUCAUUGGUUACCCAUUGCUUUUAUUCCUAGUAGUUUUAAAUUUAUUGCAUUCUAUGCUCUACGAAUUUGUCUUUCAAUUGUUUGUGCAAUGUGUGAAGCUUUCUUUUUUCGUGCUAUUGAUAAACAAUUGAAUAGUUCUAUUGCUCGUAAUUAUGCUGCUUUAUCAAUUUUCAAUGUGGCUUUAUUUCGAAGUAGUAGUGCUUUUAUUAACAAUUCAUUUUCAAUGUAUACUGUUUUAUUUGCUUACACAUGUUGGUUUUCAAAUGCAUUACCGUUAGCCGUUUUCUUUAUUGCAUUUGGAUCAUUAUGUGGAUGGAUUUAUGUUGCUGUACUUGGUAUCCCAAUAGCAAUUGAUAUAUUUAUUCGUCGUCAACGUUAUUUAGAUUUUAUUAAAUGGAGUUUAAUAUCCGGUGUAAUAACAUUAGUUCCAUUAACUUUAGUUGAUUCAUAUUAUUAUGGAAAAUUAGUAAUAGCACCAUUAAAUCAUAUUGGUUAUAAUAUAUUUUCAAAACAUGGUCCAACUCUUUAUGGUACUGAACCAUGGACUUAUUAUAUAACAAAUGGUUUACUCAAUUUUAAUAUUAUUUAUCCUUUGGCUAUUAUUGGAAUUAUGUUAACACCAUUUAUUGAUAUAUGGACUGAUCGACGUUAUAUACAAUCAGGUAAAGCAGCAAUACCAUAUACAAUGCUUGUAUCAUCAAUUCUUCUUUGGAUGGGUUUAUUGUGGAUGCAACCACAUAAAGAAGAUCGUUUUAUUUUUCCUAUCUAUCCAUUGAUAAUUCUUGCGGCUUCUAUUUGUAUCGAACAAUUUGAAAAUUUUAUUCCACGUCUUGUUCGUCUAAUAAAAUUAAAACGUGAUUCGGUAUUAUAUAUUCGUUCAUUAUUAUUUUAUUCAAUAAUAAUUCUUCAUGGAAUAUUAUCAAUAUCUCGAACAAUAGCUAUUGUUGAUGGUUAUUCAGCACCAAUUCGUCUAUUAACUCAUUCAAAUACAACAAGAACAUUUGAAUUGGAAGGAGAUAGACAUUUAAACAUUUGUAUUGGAAAAGAUUGGUAUCGAUUUCCAUCACAUUUUCUAUUACCACAAAAAUCACAAUUAGCAUUUCUUCGUUCAGAAUUCCGAGGUCAAUUACCAAAAACUUAUAGUGACUUAAAAAAUGCGACUCAAUUAAAAGAUAAUCAUUUUAAUGAUGCGAAUAAAGAAGAAAUGGAUCGAUAUGUGAAUUUAAAUCAAUGUGAUUAUAUUAUUGAUCAUGAUAGUGAAAAUCCGAGUGAACUUCAACCGAAUUAUAGUCAACAAUCGAGAAUAAUAACAUCUAUGAAAAUGAUAGCACCAUCAAAACGAUCAAUAUUUCGAUCAUUUUAUGUUCCUUUUUUAAGUGUUCGAUCGAAUCGAUACACAUUUUUACAUUUGUUAAAGUAUACGAAAUUUGUUGAUGUUGAGAAUAAAUAA